AUGGCCGACUUCAAGCUGUCGGCCCAACUGACCGGCCACGAGAGCGAUAUCCGUGACCUGGCUUUCCCCUCCCCCGAGCUCCUUGUCUCUGUAUCGAGAGACCGCACAGUCCGAUCGUGGAAGCGAACAGCAGCAUCUCCGCCCGAGUACGACGACACCAUAGCAAACCAGAUUGAUGCCUACCUCAACGCCCUGGCCUACCUCCCGCCCAGCGACGAGUUCCCCGACGGCCUCGUCGUUUCUGGAGGCAAGGACCCGUGUCUCGACGUCAGAAAGCCUUCCGCUGUGUCCUCCGAGAGUGCCGAGCGCCUCCUUCCCGGCCAUUCCAACAACAUCUGCGCCCUCGCCGCCGCCCCGAGUGGCAAGUAUUUUGUGUCCGGAAGCUGGGACCACACGGCCAAAGUAUGGAGCACCGCAACCUGGGAGAGUGAGGCCACCCUCGUCGGCCACGAGGGCUCUGUGUGGGAUGUUCUGCCCCUAAGCGACAACGCCGUUGCGACCGCCUGCGCCGACAAGAGUAUACGCAUCUUCGACCUGCGGAACGUAGCUGGCGGCCAAGCCGAGGCGCGCUCUACCAUUGCCACGCCCGAUGUCGUCCGCGGUCUGUGCCGCGUGCCCGCCGGCCACCCGACGGGUGCUGAGCUCGCGAGCUCCCACAAUGACGGCAUAAUCAGGUUAUGGAAGCUCACCGGUGAGCCCGUGGCCGAGCUGCAUGGACACGAGAGCUUCGUUUAUCGUCUGGCAGCUCUGCCUUCGGGCGAGAUUGUCAGUGCCGCCGAGGACAGGACCGUUCGCGUCUGGAGAGGAACCGAGUGCGUACAGACCAUCACACAUCCUGCCAUUUCGGUUUGGGCCAUUGCUGUAUGUCCGCAGACGGGCGACAUCGUAUCCGGUACAAGUGAUGGCGUUAUUCGCAUCUAUACAAGAAGCCCAGACCGCGUGGCGAGCGCCGAGGUCCUCCAGCUGUUCGACGAGGCCGUCAAGUCUUCCUCGAUACCGCAGCAGCAGAUGGGCGAUGUCAACAAGGAGAAGCUGCCCGGUCCCGAGUUCCUGACGUCGAAAGCAGGCACCAAAGAAGGACAGGUGCAAAUGAUAAAGGAGACCAACGGCUCUAUCUCUGCCUACACUUGGUCCUCGGGGGCCCAGACGUGGGUUCAUGUCGGCACCGUCGUGGAUUCUGCUGCCAGCAGUGGGCGCAAGCAGCAGUACAAUGGCAAGGAGUACGACUUUGUCUUUGACGUCGCCAUUGAGGAGGGUCAACCGUCGCUGAAGCUGCCGUACAACCUAUCCGAAAAUCCCUACGACACGGCUACCAAGUUCAUCAACGACAACGAGCUGUCACUCAACUACCUGGAUCAAGUUGCACAGUUCAUUGUGCAAAACACACAAGGUGCCACAAUCGGCGAGGGCACCAGUUCAGGUGGGCCAGAUCCUUACGGCACUGAGUCGAGAUAUCGACCAGGCGAGUCCGAAGUAUCGGCGAGGGCCAAGGCGCUACCUCAGAAGGAGUAUCUCACCAUCACCGCGGCCAAGUAUGAACCUAUCUUCAAGAAGAUUCUGAGUGUCAACUCUGGUCUAGUUUCCGCCGGUCGCAAAGACCACUCCCUCAACCCCUCCGCCCAGUCGCUCCUCGACUCUUUACGACAGUCUCUGGAGGCCAACAAGCCCGUCACAGAUGAAGAUUCGCUAAGCAUACUUGUCAAGAUGUGUACGUCUUGGGACUACGCCGACCGUCUGGCUCCUCUGGAUCUCCUUCGAUGCGCAGCGACUUCACCACUUCUGGCAGCCAGUUCCAGCAUCGGCAGUCCGAUACAGACAGUGAUUGCAGCGAGUCUGGAGGGAUAUCCUCAGGGCAGCCAACCUAACGAGAACUCAGUGAUGAUGGCCUUACGGACCAUUGCCAAUCUGUUUGCGACUAAGGAAGGACGACAAGUUGCUGCUAAACCGUCCGAGGCAAACAACGCUAUCGAGUUCAUCUGCAGAACCUUGGGUCUUUCUGGCGGUGAGGCUAUUGGCAAAUUCAACCGUAACCUCCUGAUUGCUUUGAGCACCGUGGCCAUCAACUAUGCCGUUCUGGCUACGAAGGGCGGCGGCCUGCCUAAGGAGCUGCUCACCAAGCUGCUGGGUGCCACCGGCCAUCUCGUGUCCAACCAGAAGGACAGCGAAGUCAUGUUCCGUUCUCUCGUUGCUGCAGGCACUCUUGUCACCAUCCUGGGCAAGAGUGAUUCUGAGUCCCUCAUCCCAGCCGUUGUGGCAGCAAAGGAUCGAGCCAUCGAGCCAAGAGUUAAGGAAGUAGCCGAUGAAUGCUUGGCCUUGCUUCGAUGA